AGGAGCGAGAGGGACGAGAGAGCAGAGGAGCUUAGAGAAGGGAUCUGCAUUGUAAGUAGUUCUGAGGGCAGCAAGUGGUGGCUGUUUUUCAACCUGUUUUUGUCUUCCGGAGGAGGCUGAGAACUAGUAGAAGAAGAACAAGAAGAGGAAGAACCAGGCAGAAGAGCACAGAUCUGAAAAGUCUGUGUUAUAAAACAAACAAAGAAGCCGAGAGAGGAGAAGGGAGGAAAGAAGCCGGGAGGAACACAAGGCAGCAAUGGAUAGCAGAGUGGCUCAGCCUGACCCUGGGAUGGCCUGGAUUCACACACUGCUGCUGGCCACCAUCCAGCACACUCACUAGCCUGCUAACACCAAUGAGCUCCCAUGUGUUCGUUCAGCCAUGCUCCCUGGGUAUGGAUUCUCGCCUUUUCCUGAUUUCCAACCCCACCUUCAUGCUUUUCGCUGCAGAGGAGACAGUCCCAGCAUGUGGAUCCCUGGAUCAGGAGAGUCCCAGGCUCUGAACGAGGCCCAGGAGGAAAGGUCUCUCCUCCACCAGUGCCACCAAAAGCAUAUCGCUGUAUGCCAGCAGGAAACAUUGGCUUUUAUUGAGCUACAACCACCAGUGACUCCUAAACUAAACAGUGUUGGGUCUUCAAGACCAGAUAUUAUUCCAGACACACAAUGCACAACACACUCCCUGACCCUGAAUGGUUUCAGACACACAUUAAAUGAGCUGAAUGACAUGCAGAACAGCUGCCACAGGACAGACAAUGAGCAUGAAACAACGCUGAAUUUGAACUCUCAUAAACCUACAAGUGGCAGCCAGCUUGAAUGCCAUAAUGGCAUCAGGACUUCUUUACAGGAGCAGACUGAAAAACAACAUACUGUCACAACAGUGUGUCGUCCUCUCCAUGCAGCUCUUAGCCUCCCUCUGUCCCUCCCUCUGUCCUCUCUAUACACAAACAGAGACUCCUGGGAAUCUCAGUUACCUUGCUCUCCAUCUUCACCUGAUGGUCCUGGGUUUCAGAGCCCAGACUCUUGCCAGCCACAGAGGAGGACUUCACAGGGUUCUCUGAAAGAGAAGUCUAUCAGGCGAAAGAUGCAGGUUUACUCCCCAGAAAGCCUGAGCGAUGAAUCUCUCAGCAGCCCAAUCCUGGACGCCGACUACAUCUUCCCAGGACCUUUUGCAUCUUUCCUGGAGGAGGACCUGAGUGGAUUAUCUUCACUGGAAGCCAUUUCAAGUCCUUCAUCCACAGACGGUGUUACAGAUCUCCCAAACCUCAGUCAUGACGAUAUUUUCAAUCUACCUGCAGAACCACUGCAGAUAAUUGAGGACUCAGUACCAGGGGUGGGUGAAGACAAUGGGACUGUAGAGAUGUCAAGUGCCACAGGGGGGAGUUUUUUGUCACGUAGCCGCCAAGGGGACCAAGAAAGGCGACGUUUCUCAGCUUCAGAGCUGAUAUCUAGACUGCAGCUGUCUCAGAGGAAGAAUUCCUUCACCUUGAAGCUGGGGAAAUCGCUUUCUGCACGGGUAGCCUCCCGGGACAGACAGAGCUCCAACAACCUCAAUCCCAACCCAGACUAUAAGUCCAACUCCAAGCACCGCAGCUCAGGAGGUUCUAGUGAUAGCGCACCUCACAGCCCUGUAGGACCUCCACCUAUUCUACUGCCCAGCUGUGACAAUGGUAUGCCUUUGCAUCGGUGGAGCUCAAAACUCGGAAUGCGAAAGAAGUCCAUAGAGGAGGACUUGGGCAUACUUCCAACAGUUGCUUCUUCGAAUCGUUUGUCACGGUUUUUGCCUAGCUCUAUUCUGUACCAGGAGUACAGUGACGUCGCCAUUAACAGAGAGAUCCAGAGGCAGCAAGGGAAGGAGCCAGGCACAGAGGAAGAAGGGCUCAGGGAUGAGGGGUCAGACGGGACCCCGUCUCCUUCCAAUCUGUCUCCAUCCAGCUCCUUUCGCUCAUCACGAGGCUCUGCUUUUGCACUGUGGCAAGAUAUCCCUGAUGUUCGAACCAGCGGCCAGCUGGACAACUUCAGCAAUGAGGAAAGAAAAUUACAGGAGGCAAAAUUUGAGCUGGUGACAUCUGAGGCCUCCUACAUCCGUAGUUUAACAAUCGCAGUGGACCACUUCAUGUUGUCACAGGAGCUCACAGAGUGUCUUGGAGCUCAGGAUAAACAGUGGCUCUUUUCCAAGCUCCCUGAAGUCAAAGAUGUCAGUGAGAGGUUUCUUCAGGAUCUGGAGCACAGGCUGGAGGAAGACAUUCUGCGAUUUGAUGUGUGCGACAUCGUCCUGGAACAUUGCCCGGCUCUUCGAAGGGUUUACUUACCUUAUGUAACGAACCAGGCUUACCAGGAGCAGACAUACCAGCGUCUGCUGCACGAGAACCCUCGUUUCCCCAGCAUCCUGGCUCGUUUGGAGGAGGACCCCAUCUGCCAAAGACUUCCUCUGACCUCUUUUCUAAUCCUCCCGUUUCAGAGGAUCACGCGGCUUAAGAUGCUGGUGGAGAAUAUCUUAAAGAGGACGACUCCAGGCUCCAGAGAUGAGGACACUGCCACGAAAGCUUUCAAUGAGCUAAAAAAGAUCAUCAAAGAAUGUAACUCCAGUGUGCAGUCGAUGAAGAGGAUGGAGGAACUUAUUCACCUCAAUAAGAAAAUCCACUUUGAGGGAAAGAUCUUUCCUCUGAUCUCUCAGUCACGCUGGCUGGUGAAACACGGAGAACUCCUAGAAGUGGACACUCAGACAAUGAGUAUUUCUGGAUCAAAGCUCAAGUUACCCACCAAGCCUGUGUACCUCCACCUGUUCAAUGACUGUCUUCUGCUGUCCAGGAGGAAGGAUACAUGGAAGUUCAUGGUGUUUGUACAUGCCAAGAUCGGAGAGCUGAAAGUGAAGGAUCUCAGUCAGAAGCUGCAUGGUAUCUCAGGCUUCAUCUUCCACCUGCAGCUUUGUGAAGGCCAGCAGCUCAAACACCAGAUCCUGCUGAAAUCACACACGGAGAGCGGGAAGCAGAGAUGGAUCACAGCGAUGUUUCCAUCUGAUCCGCUCGAAGACAUCGAGCAAGCCAGCGAGAACGUCGAUAUAUCCCAGGUUCAGUGCAUCAAAAGCUACCAGGCCCAAGAGCACGAUGAGUUAACACUGGAAAAGGCAGACAUUCUUCAUGCUAAGACCAUUACAAGUGAUGGGUGGGUGGAAGGCAUCAGACUGUCUGACGGGGAACGGGGCUGGUUCCCCAAAACCUAUGUGGAGGAAAUCACAAGUCGCAGCGCACGCCUCCGCAACCUCCGAGAAAAUAUCCGCAUCAAAUGUGUCACACAGAAACUGGAGGGGGAAGACUAACCUAACUAAUUUUUUACUGUAACUUGUCGUGUGUCAAAGGUGUAUUUUUAAGCUUCUGGAUCAAUGUUUUAAUUUUAGAUGGAUGUGGGACCUACAUAUAGAAUGCAGGUGCUAAAACAAGCCAACAUGUUCUUCGCAUGAAUGCUAAAACUGUGCCAGCGUUUUUACUUAGCAUGCUAGCUUUUUAAAUGAGGGCACAAAGCUUUUAAUGCUUCUUUACAUUUCUAGUUCAAAAGGCUUUUAUGCAAUAAGAGUCCAAAGUUCAUUUUUGCCACACAGAAGUAGAAGAAAUUACUUGCAUGCCUUCUAUGAAUGCAUUUCACCAUCUUUUUAAAGUCCAAGAACAUUUUUAAAAAUCUUUGUGGUAAAUGUGUUAUACAAGGCCUGCACAGCUAUUACAUGUAUACAUAUGUGUACAACAUUUCAAGGUCAUGGUAGAGUGAGGCUAACUCAAAGUCUACUUUUGCACCGUCUUAUGCAGUCAGCUGAGCUCUGUGAGGUGUAGGAGGAUUCAUUCAUAUAACAUCACAACAUCAGAAAAUCGCUGGAGGCGCAUCCUGCUGCUGAGCUGCAUUAGGACGCAUCAGAGGCCUUUUAUCUUUUGUCUCUGUUCACACCGAGUGCUGCUUUUAUUUCAGAAGGCAGAUGAGAAGUCGCUCUGUUGUGCUUUAGUCCAUCCGAUACCUCAUACAGUACAAUCCAUCAGUGUGCAACAGCUCACCUCCAUCCAUGUGUUGGAAGAUGUGGAUGUCUCUUUAUUAAAGAGGACCACACCUCCCUGUGUGUACUGUAACAAUCUGGACUGUGUGAACUGUGAUGGUUAGUGAGACAAGACAACUGCAGAAUGGAGGUUUUAUGUUUUAAAGAUGAUUUUCACAAUUCUGCUGUAGCAUAUAUGAAGGACAGACUAUUCUCUGUACAAUUCUUCUUCUGUUAGUGCCCUCAUCUCUUUAAAGGAUUUGGCUGACUAUAUCCUAUUUUAUUAUUACUAUUAUUAUUAUUAUUAUUAUUAUCGUCAACAAAGCUCAUGAACAGACCAAAACCAAUAAUGACUUGCUCCUAUUGACGAGUAUCGUCUGUGCAUACAAACCCUGAUAGAGCUUAUUCUUCCAUUGUGUUCUCAAUGAGCUUCACUGACAGGUUACAUGUUACCAUGAACACACACACUGUAGUCUGCUUUCAGUCAGUUGUACAUACACCGUCCUGCUGGCGUAAAUACUGACUGGUGCUCUAGUGAAAAGCUGAAAAUAGUCCCCAACAAAUGCACUAUUUACUCCUGUUUGGGUUAACAUUUACUAAAAACUACAAUACCCAGCUGUUUUAGGAAUGAUUUAGCCCUUUUUUUUUCAAAUAAAACUACAUACUUGUGACAAAUUUUUCAAGAUUUAGGUCUGCAAUAGGAUGGAUUUGGGUUUGAGUGUCACAGACUAGGUUGGGAGGUUGAACAUUGUUGGUUUUGGAAUUUUCAUGGCAUUCGUAGGGAGAGAAAAUGGCACCAAGUUUGUCUGGAUAUGGACAUGUAUCAAAUUCAGCAUUUACAUGCAUUUACAUGCAUUUACAUUGACCAUAUGUGUUGUAAAUGUGCAAGUUUAGCUUCACAUGUACUCAUUUUAAAACUUUGACUAGCCCCAUUUGAAUAAAAUCUAGACAUUAUUGCAUUACGCUGAUCAUAAGGGAUCAUGAAACUGUCAUACAAUAAGCACUGAGUAACAUUUAGGCCUACAUCACCCACAUCGGUCCCCUCAUUAAGAGUAAAAAUCCCCCAAAUAUUCAAAAGCGCAGUGUAACUGAGCUGAAGCCUUGUUUGUUAAUGAACCACUAUAAUCAACAUUCAAAUGUAAACUCUUCCAGUGGCACAUGAAAUGUUUAUAACCCCUUUUUUUUCUUUAUCUGCGUUGUUAGUUAUAAUUUAAGUGAUUGCUGUUGCAGCAUGUGUAUUUAUACUCCUCUAGCUGGUUGUUCUCUAAGGAGAUUCUGAUGUAAAUGUACUUCACUGUAGAUGCUUCAUGUAUAAAGAGUAGAAAAAUGGUUCACUUACUUUUAUGACUGUAAUUUAUAUGAGCAAAGAUUGGACAAAUAUUAUUACAUUCCAUAACUAUCAACUUUCCAGUUUGAUUCAUUUCUAAUACCACAAUGAAUAUAAAUAUUGUACUACACUGGAUGUUUACUGGAUCUGUGCUCACUAAUGUAAAUGUUUAACCAUUGAAAUAAAUACA